CUUGGCUUUGCUGCAUAGAUCAAGUGCUCUAUGGAACGGAAGGAAUUAUUCAUCAAACCCAACACGCAGGUAGAGAAGAUCAUUGGCCAUACAGAUGCGCACGAGUAGAAAAGAAAACUGAUUUUCCCCAUUUGAUGAGCUCCAGAGCUGCGGGCACGGAGAAAUGCCGCCGCCACCGCAGCAGCAGCCGCAAGCAACAGCAGGGCGGAGCCGCGCCCGGCGGAUCGCCCACCGCACCAGAGACAGCUGCGUGGCCGUCUUCGCCAACACCCUCUGUUCCAUCCUCCUCGCCGUCCUCCUCGUGGCCGGCGUCGCCCUCUUCGUCACCUGGCUCAGCCUGCGCCCGCACCGCCCGCGCUUCAACCUCGCCUCGCUCUCCAUCACCGGCCCCGUCCCGGGAGGCCAGGUCGCCUUCAACGUCUCCGACCGCAACCCCAACCACCACAUCGGCAUCUACUACGAGGGCGCCACGCGGGCCACCCUCUUCUUCUACGACGCGCUCGUCGCCUCUGGCCCGGCCUUCGCCGGCAGCUGGUACCAGCCCAACAUGACCACCACCUCCAUCGCCGGCGUCCUCGACGUUGUGGGACCAAGGGCCGCCUCCCCCUCCUGGCCUGCCUUCUCUGCGGCGCUCCGCGCCGGCCGCCUCCCUCUGCGCCUGCAGCUCACCACGGCCAUUCGCUUCCGGUUCAACGUCUUCCACUCCGGCCGCCAGAGGAUGUACGUCAACUGCGACCUGCUCGUCGGCGCCGACGGCGGCCUGCUUCCCGAGUCCGUGGGAGCACCCUGCGACAGAUACUUCUGAUCGGAUGAUUUGUUAGCUGUUACUAGUACUAUCAGUUUAGAUGAUACUCCGUAUAUAAUCUGUUCUUGGAUUCGCUAGCUAAUGCGCAGGCAGCCAUGCACAUACGAGCAAGUUCAUUGCUGGGUCGAUUAUUAAUUCCCUGACACGUUCAA